AUGGCGACCAACUCCAUUAAUCGCAUCAGUCGUGGAUUAGACAUCACGGUUUUGGGGUUGAACAGCGGAACGUCCAUGGAUGGCAUCGACUGUGCCCUUUGUCGAUUUCGCCAGGAGACUCCCGAAUCGCCCAUGCACUUCGAACUACUCAAGGCAAGUAUCUGCGGGAGCGCUCCACGGGGUACGACAUACUGA